CCUCCGGCAGCAGCUGGGCGAGCAGCUGGCCGCGCUCGUGCGCCGCGAGCCCGACAUCUCGCACGACGCGGCGGCGCAGCUGCUCGACGCGCUCGUGGCCUGGCUCAACGGAGGGAACUUCAAGGUGGCCCAAAAUGGGUUGGAGGUGCUAGCAGCGCUUGCCGAGCGAAUGGGCCCGGAGUUCUCGCACUAUGUGCCCACUGUGCUGCCCCAUAUUAUUGACAGACUAGCGGACACCAAAGAGUGCGUUCGUCACAUGGCCCGCGUGUGCCUAUCCGCGCUAGGAGAGAGCCGCGCGGCCCCCCCUCGGGCCCUUUUAGCCCGCCUGACCCCCGCGUUACAACACAAGGCCCCCCAUACCAGGGAGGAGGCCGUGAGGUGUAUACAGGCGCUGCUAGACACAUACGGCGCUACGGAGCUACAGCUGCGAGCGGCGGUGCCUAACCUAGCUGCUUUAGUGGGCGACCCCAACAGCGCCGUGCGGGACGCCGCCAUGCAGUUGCUGGUGGAUGUUUAUAGACAUGUUGGUGAAAGACUGAGAUCAGACUUGAAGAAGAAAGAAUUGCUGCCGGCACAGAAGUUGAUGCUGCUAGAACAGAAGUUCGACGAGGCGAGAGAGGCAGGCCUAUUGUUACCUACAGCGACGUCAGGCGGCGACGAGCCGGACUUCAUAGCGCGCAGCGCGAAACGCACCAUGACCAUACCCACCUCAGCUCGUUCCAGGGAUGGAGACAGUUCUGGCGCUUCCACACCAGCGUGCGAGCCACCAAAGCGAACAGUUCCAGGAUUGUACAGCCUACCAUCAGCGAAUAGGAAGCCCCCGCCGCCGGCUAAAUUCACCUCUGGUGGGAGCGUGUCGACAGCAAUCGGCAGCGCCUCCACCGGUUCAGGCGAAGCCGGUGCGGUCUCCAGCGAAGCAUUUGAGGCUGCUUUCGCGGCCGCCGCUCCUGCUGCCGUGUAUGGAGCCAGAGGACUUGACGACUUGUGUCGACACGCCGCCGCCUUGCUGGGAGAUAGGGGAGCGGACUGGGAGAAGAGAGUCGACGCGGUGAGUGAAAAGCAUAAGUCACCGGUGGCCAGCUGCGGCGGCGACACGCCGGAAGCCGGCGCAGGAAGCACUGAAGACCCUAACAGCCUGACGUAUGAGUGUCUAGAUGUGACAUAA